AUGAAAGAGGAUUUUCAAAUUAGUGUUAUUAAUACUCAAUUAAUGACACCUAUUUAUGAUUGCUCAAACGACGAUGAUUUUUUUCAAGUCUUGGAAAGUAAAGUGAAUAGUAAUUCAUUUAUAUCUGAGGAGGAGAAUGAAGUUUCACGGUAUAUGAAACUUCCACAAAUUGGUGUUAAUCAAGAUCCUUUAAAAUGGUGUGAUGUGAAUAAAA